AUUUCAGUACCAAAAGCGGUAACCCCGAGCUACACUCGGGCUUACCCUGCGGCACUGCUCCGGCAUGUAUUCUUCACUUACCUUACCCUGCGCUCCCACGAUGUGUCCCCUGCAGCGUCCCUGGCCAUCUCCUCCGGCCGAUGCCGGCAUCCGGCUUCUGUGUCCUGUCCCUGUGACGUCGGGACGUACGGGCGCCGCCGCCGGCGGGAAAUUUAAAAAUUUUAAAAAAUGUCAUUUUUUUUUUUUUUACAUUUUACAUAUUCUUUGUCCUGCGCCCUGCCUGCAUUUUGUCUGUUCUUUC